AAAUCCCAGAUGUUCUGACGCUUGUGAAAUAUCACAAUCAGGGGCGCCGAAAAGGGGGGGUAAAGGAGACGGAUUCUAGGGGCCCAUGAUGGAGGGGGGCCCAGAGAGGCCCCUAAUGAUGAUGAAAUGAUGAUACAGAAAAAAUAAUGACACUGUGUUGGGGGCCCUGUAAAGAUUCUUUUCAUGGGGUCCAAAAUCCCUAGCGGCGCCCCUGAUCGCAAUUUAACUGUUUUGCUCGAUAAAGUCAAACUAGGAGCUAAAGCAGUUGGGACAUGUUUGGAUAUUAGCCCAUGUUUAAAGAAAAAAAUCAAACAAACGCAUUUUUUGCGACAAUAGGGGCAGCCUGGCUUGUCGGAAAGAGAAGAAGAAGAACCCGGAAGUGACGCUAUGCUAACAUGACUGAAAGUGGCGCGCAGCUGUUUGCGCGUCUGGAUGGUCGUCGCAGUGUGCGCGACAUCGAACCUCGACUGUUCCCUGACGAUGGAGGGCCCCUGCCAGGUGAGGUGGUGGAGCUCUUUGGGUCGGAGGGAACAGGUAAGACGGAGCUUCUUUACCACUUCCUGUGUCGAGGCGUAUUGCCUUUAGCGGCCGGCGGUCUGGAGGUAGAAGUCGCCUUUGUGGACACCGAUUACACUUUGGACAUGUUACGAGUGGUCAGCAUCCUGGACAGCAGACUUGGCGCUGUUUCUUCUUCAGGCUCACCAGCUUCGUCACAUGACGCCAUGGUGCGUUCAUGUCUGUCCCGCCUGCUGGUGAUGCACUGCUCCUCAUCCUCCCAGCUCCUCCUCACUCUCCACUCCUUGGAGACGUGGUUGGCGUCACGGGCGGGCCUGGCGCUUCUUCUCAUCGACAGCAUGUCUGCUUUCUAUUGGCUGGACCGCUGUGAGGGCGGGGCCAGCGUCGCCAAGCAGGAAGAGAAGCUGUGCAGGUGUGCACAGCUGCUGACUCGUCUGCUCAGGGAUUACAGAAUCAGCCUGAUGGCUUCCUGCCAUGCAAAUAGGAGGCGCUGCAGUGGAGCCUCCUCCUCAGAACCUGAGUGGCAGUACCUGUGUCGCCCUUGGCAACGCCUAGUAACCCACCGCAUGCUGUGCUCCAGACAGGAAGCUGCUCCAGAGGGUGGCAAGGAGCACAAGAAAAGUCAGCUGUUCAUCGUGCAUUGCACCUCAUCCCACUCCUCUUCGUCUUCUGCCACCAAGGCAAAGUCUUACAGGACUUCCUCCUUCCGCGUGACGGAUGGAGGUGUGGAUUUUAUUUGACACUCAUCAUCUGCACCUUCAUAUGUGCUGCACUUAAGGAGCUUCUGAAUGUGGAGACUUCAGAACCUCCUCUGACGUUAUGUAAACUAGCAGGAGGAUAUUUGUUGGAUUGUUUCACACUUCUGUUUCAGCAUGUCAAGUUGAACAAUUUUUGUUUGCUUUUUGUUAAAUUUUUCGGUAAAACAAGAUCAACGUUUGAGAUCAUUUUACAUUUUAAUUCAUUCUUUUUCACAGUAAUAUUUUAAGAUUCAGUGGGAAAAAAAGCAAUUCUUAAAAAAAAAAAAUUCCAUGUUGGGAAAAAAGGGACAAUUGGUAGAAAAUGAAUGGGUGGAGGUUUUCCAAAAAGUGGUUGAAAAACAUUUUUUAAUUCUGCAUGAUUUUGAUCAAAUACACUUUCUGAAAGAAAAAUAGCCAUCUUUUUGCAAAUAAAACUUGUAAAAGUCAUAGUUAAGCAAAAUAUUUUUUCAAUAACAUGUAUGAAAAUUUUUCGAUUCUUUGUUCUGUUUUUUUUCUUUUACGUAACCGAUGACAAUUAUACUUUAAAAAAAAAGAAGUUAGAUUUGUGAGAAAAAUGGAAACAUACGUGAAUAAAGUAAAAUUUAGGAAGAAUCUUGGAUUUUUUUUUAAGAAAAAGUUUACUAAAAUAAAAGAAAAAAGUCACAUUUAGGAGGAAAACGGCAAUUUUGACUGUAAAAAGUCAGUAUUUUACAAUUUAUAUUUUUGGAAAAAAAGAGUUCCGAGAUUACAUUACCGGUAAUCUAUUUUUGGGUAAGGUGUUUUUUAGAACUUUAUUUCAACAAUAUGAUACACACAUUAAUCUAAAUGGCCACACACACUUAAUACAUUAGCUGACUGUC